AUGGCUGCCCCUCAGCCUCCCUCACCGUUUUCCAGACUCUGCCAGAAGUGCAAAGUUCUUGAGCUGGACGAAAAAUCACUCCCCGACUCCGCUCUGGACGCAUCGGUGCCUGAGUGUGAACUCGCCCUUGACUGGGGGUUGGUGCCGCAAAUAGACGUGCUCAAGGCGAAGAGCUGCGAUUCUUGUCAUCUCGUAUCAUCCAUAAUAUCUUCUUGGCAGCUACGAAAGGAUCUGGCACAUCUCCCGGAGCACAAUAGACGUGCGUCACUAUGCUAUGUGAUCCGUCAAAAGAGACUCGAAGCUCUCCGUAUCAGGAUUCACCAUGAUGGGAUGGAUGAUAUCCAUUAUGAUUGCCCUAUCGCCUCAACCACUGCCCAUCCCCAAGGAUCACCGAUAGGUCUUGAGAGUCCUCCAGCACACCUCGAUCCCAAGCCACUUGCUUGGAUGGAGUCGCAGAUCGAUUCAUGUGUGGCUCACAACCACACGCCGGCGCAGCGGAACUUUGUCCCUGACCGACUCAUCAGAGUCGACCAAGGCAAACUCUCUCUUGUCCUCACAAGGGACUCCUCCAACUCGCAGUUCCAUCAAGGCCCAUCUACUGAGCUACCAUACUACGCUGCUCUUACUUACUGUUGGGGGCCACCUCCACAUUCGGAUAGGCAGCUCAAGACAAAGCAAGCUAACCUCUCAGAUCACUUGAAGGAAAUCCCAGAGGAUAAGUUACCUCAAGCCAUUAAAGAUGCCGUUUUGGUAACCAGAGCGCUAUCUAUUCCAUAUCUAUGGAUCGAUGCUCUUUGCAUCCUCCAGGAUGUAGGCUCAGACUGGGCUGAUCAAUGUACCCAGAUGGACAACAUUUAUGGCAAUGCAUACGUCACCAUCAGUGCUGCAGUGUCUGAGAACUGUGAAGAGGGCUUUAUUGCGAGGAAGGAUGUGAUAACGGUUCCCUUUCAUCUCCGAGAUGUCUCCGUUCCUCCGGCGCCUAUUGCUAUUUAUUUCCCCUCGUACCAGAACACGACCGCCGAAGACAUUGCAGGCGCGACUUGGGUGGGUAGAGGCUGGACGUUCCAAGAGAGAAUAGCGUCAACCCGCAUGCUCAUGUUCGGAAAAAGAAAUGUACACUUCCAGUGUCGGAAUGGCUGUUUCUCUAUGAGCAAGUACCAACUUGAAUAUCCUUUCAACAUGGUCAACCGGGACCUCCUAAACGAAGGUGAUGUUGCGUUGAUCUACGAGGAGUGGGCUACCGAAAUUGCCAUGGAGUUCAGCGCCUACGGCCUUGAAUUCACGCGCGGAACAGAUAUCUUGCCGUCAAUCGCCGGGCUUGCCACUUUGUUUUCCCACCGCUUGCGAGAUGACUAUCUGGCUGGUCUGUGGAAGAAGGACCUGCAUCGGUGCCUCAAUUGGGAUCUACACCGCUCAGACAGACUCAUGAGAUACAAAGACCUCCUGGACGGGCUCCAGCAUCCUGCUCCAUACAUAGCGCCCUCCUGGAGCUGGGCAAGUCGAUCGGGCUUGAUCAUGUUCGCUGUGUACCGGACGGUGUACAUCAUGAAUGCAAGGAGCGAAUGCGAUGUCCUAGAAGCUGUAGUUCAGCUCAAGGGCACGAGCGCGUCCGGAGAGGUGACGGGGGGGUAUUUGGACAUUUCAGCUAAACUCUACACCGGAUCGCAACAGUUGGUGUAUCAGGAGAUGGAUGAUGGACCGGGAAUUGCAAGACAGACGCUGCACUUGGGAGAUCAGUACCUGGUGGACAUUGAAACUGAUUGCGUUCUGGGUGACCUCUUUGAGGAAAGGGACGGAAAAAGCGAGCUAAACGUGCCGAUUAGCUUCCUACUCAUCGGAAGUACCAUAGAGGAGGAGAGGAAUCAGGGAAAAGGAGGUCAAGACGAGUUUGAAGGUCUGAGGAAAGGGUCUGGCGCGGACGGCGGAGGCUCAGAAAAUGGGGCCGAGCCGGACAGAAUGGCGUAUGGGCUUUUGAUACACCCAGCAGAGAAGCCUGGCGAGUUUGUUCGAGUCGGGACUUUCAAGUCCCAGUGUUCUCAACUUGGGGGUCUUGGGUUCUUUGAGGGAUGCGAGACCAAGACUGUACGGCUUAUCUGA